AUGAAUGAUGAGAAUGUAGAGAUGAGAGAUUUUAUAGUUGAUGAUGGAAGUGAAUAUAACAUAGAGACUGAUGAAGACAAUACUGAAAGAAGUGAUGAGAGUGAGGACAGCGAUGAUAGUGAUUUCUGGGUGGAUGAAGACAACAUAAUCCCUGAUGUAAAAGUAGAUAUGAGGGAUUUUUACAUGAAUAUAGAUCUUGAAGCAAAAUUUCUUGAAAAAAGAUUAUCAAAGCAUAGAGAAAAUGACAGUGAUGAGGUCAAUGAAGAGUUGGAUGUUAUAGAUAAUGAUCAAUGGGAUUCAUUGGAUGAGGGUUCUGAUAUAGAUAGGAAAAGAAGAGCUGUAAUAAAGGAAUUGGGGAAGGAGACUAGGUGA